AUUAAUGCAGGGAUAGUUCAAAAAUUAGCAACAGAUAUUGCUAAAUAUGCACCAAAAGCUUUCAUUCUUGUCAUUUCCAACCCAGUAAAUUCCACAGUUCCAAUUGUUGCAGAAGUGUUAAAGAAAUAUAAUGUAUUUGAUCCAAAAAGACUUUAUGGAGUAACCACACUUGAUAUAGUCCGUGCUUCCACUUUCAUCAGUUCAAUUUCAGGUGCUGACCCUCGUGAAAUUCGUGUUCCUGUGGUUGGUGGUCAUAGUGGUGUCACAAUUAUUCCACUUUUAUCUCAAGUCUCGCCAUCUCACAAAUUCACUCAAGAACAAAUUGCCUCAUUAACAAAGCGUAUUCAAUUUGGUAAUAUAAUUGGGAGGGAUUUUUUGGUAGCUCAAACAAAAGAUGGUACAGGAUCUGCCACACUUUCUAUGGCUCAUGCUGGUGCUGUAUUUGCAUCUUAUAUUUUCGAUGCAACUAUAAAGGGUAAAACUGCAAACGAAUAUACUACUUUUGCUAAUUUGGUUGGUGAACCACAAGUGAGGGUGAUUAAUUUACCUUGCGAAACGGAAACUAGAGUUGAACUUAUUGAUGCUGCUCCUUCAUUAGAUCAUCAUCAUGGAGAACCAAACUCGAUAAGCAUGCCAGUCGAGGUAGAAAUAGGGGUUCCUAAUAAAAACCCCGAUGGUUAUUUAAAACCUUUGGAUGUAGUUUGGGUAAGGAAGGCAGCACUUCCUGGAGUUCGCUAUUGGCAUGUAGGAGUUUAUUUAGGUGAUGAGCAAGUUUGUCAUUUUAGUUCAGAGAGCAAAAGAAGAGAAACGAACAGAACCAUAAUUACUGAUUGA